AUGACUUGUCACACCUGGACGCGCUGGUGCUGGGACCCCCCUGACACGCCCUAUGACGCGGCGCUGCUGCAUUUUCAGCUGAAGAUCCUGCCGAGCUACCCGAUGAAUCCGCCCGAGGUUCGUUUUCUCACCACGGACUCGGGCACCUUGCGGCUCCAUCCACAGCUCUAUGCCGAUGGGAAGGUGUGCUUAAGCAUUUUGGGCACCUGGCACGGGCCACGUUGGAGUGCGAGUAGCUCAAUCCGUGCUGUGCUACUCUCAAUCCAGUCCUUGCUGUGUGAGGAUCCCUUGCGCUGCGAGCCUGGCAUGGAGAGCGCCACGGAUGACAAGGUGGAGCUGGCCAACGUCUUUGUGGUCCACGAGUCAGUGAGGGUAGGAAUCCUGUCCAUGCUCGAGAAUGGCCCCAGCUGGGAUGCGCAGGAUGCGGAGGAUCAUGUGCUCACCCUGGCAGCCAGAGCUCAUUUGCCCUCGCGUGUCGACACCCUGUUGUCGCGGCUCAGUCAUUUGGCGACCCGUUUCGAUGGCCAGGUCAUCCGCGAGCCUUUCCUUUUUGGAGCUGACAGCCGACCCAGGAGCUAUGACUUCAGUGGUUUGGCCAAGCGUCUUCAAGUCCAUUUUCCCACCGCGCCUGCGCCAUUGCUGCCAAAGGAGGGUACCACGGCGGGCACGACGGCCACAGGACCGCCACCUGUCCUCCAUGCGGAGGAGGAUCUUUGCUGCCGAAUUUGCCAUCUGACAGCUGAAGAGAGCGACGCGGAGCUCAUUGAGCCCUGCCAAUGUGCGGGAAGCAUCCGCUGCGCUCACUCCAGCUGUCUUAUCGAUUGGCUGAAGCAUACCGGGGCCGCCCAGGCUCGCGAGUGGCGCUGCGACCUCUGUUUGGCAGCCUUCCGGGUGGAAUCCAUGCCUGGUGAGCCUCCAGGUGGCAGGUUGCUCCAGCGGUCCCCGUUGGAGUUCGUGGACUUCCAAGUCUCCUCCGAGUGCUCAGGACUUGUCUCUGUCCUGUUGACCUCCACCAGCCAAACACUCUUCAUGUGUUUGGGCACUGGCGUUGCCAACAUCCUCUACCUCGUGGCCAACAUCGUCCUCUCGCCGGCGGCGCCGGCCGCUUAUGACCUUCUCAAGUGGCCUUUGGCGCUGCCAGCCAUGAUGGUGGACUUGGCGUUCCAGUUUUUGUACGCCAUCCUGGUGGUGAUGAAGGUCUCAAUGCUCGUCUCUGGCUGGAAGUCCAGGCCAGCCGUUUGGUUUGAGGUCCAGGAGCAGUUGCUCAUUUGGGCAGCUGAGAUGUUGACCCUGCUGUGCAACCUGCGUCUUUCAGGGCUGCUAGCGCUCGCCGGUUACUUCACUGGAGACCAUUUGUGCAGGACUUGCCUCGGCAUUAACUCACUCCUGGUCAUCGAGUGGCCUUUGCUGGGCCGUAAGCCGGACAUUUGGUCCUUGACGGGCUUCAUGAUGAGAGCCAACAGCCCAGCACAGAUCCUGAGGAAUGUCGUGGCCAGCUCAUUGAUCUACCAAGCUUUGGGGUUGGUGUCGGCACUGGUGAACCUGGUGACGAUUGUGCUCAUCUUGAAGGCGGCCUUCCUAGAUGCAAGAUGGGUGCCAGUGGCCAUCUUGCCAGCUGAGGGGAAGUUGAAGAAAGCUUGA